CUGUUUCGCACUCAGCGAAUGGAGCAACGUUAGAAAUCGUGAUAUGGUCGGAUAAAAUUUUACAUUUAAUCGUUAAAACAUGGCGCUCUCUAUGGAAACGCAGCUACAGAGUAUCUUCGAGGAUGUCGUGAAAACUGAGAUGAUUGAAGAGGCUUUUGCUGGAAUGUUUAUGGACACUCCAGAGGAUGAGAGGACAAAACUGAUCAGUUGUCUAGGGGCCUUCAGACAAUACUGGGGCACGCUGCCGCAGGAGUCCCAUGACCAGUGUGUUCAGUGGAUCGUGCGCUUUGUUCACAGCCAGCACAGCCCCAAAAGAAUCUCUUUCCUUUAUGACUGUCUGGCUAUGGCUGUGGAGACCAACUUACUGCCUCCCAGGAUGGUUUGUGUAGCGUUGAUAAGCUCAGACAGUUUGGAGUGGGAGAGGACUCAGUUAUGGGCAUUAACCUUCAAACUCAUUCGCAAGAUCAUCGGAGGGGUGGACUACAAGGGUGUACGAGACCUGUUGAAAGCUGUACUGGAUAAAAUCCAGACCAUACCUAUCACCGUCAGCUCAGCUGUGGUCCAACAGCUACUAGCUGCCAGAGAGGUAGUUGAAUAUAUAUUGGACAGGAAUGCCUGUCUCCUGCCAGCUUACUUUGCAAUCGCAGAGAUCGGGAAACUAUAUCCUGAGGGUCAGCUUGCACACUGGCUCCUAGGGAGUUUGAUAUCAGACUUUGUGGACAGUUUCAGACCCACAGCUAGAAUCAACUCAAUUUGUGGUCGGUGCAGCCUUUUACCAGUAGUGAAUAACAGUGGGGCAAUCUGUAACUCCUGGAAAUUGGACCCCUCCUCACUAUGCUUCCCACUGCGGGGCAUGCUGCCCUUUGACAAGGACCUAUUUGAGCCCCAGACAGGCCUGUUGCGUUAUGUGUUGGAACAGCCGUACUCCAGAGAGAUGGUUUGCAACAUGCUAGGACUCAACAAGCAGCAUAAGCAGCGUUGCCCGGUUCUCGAGGAGCAGCUGGUGGACCUGGUGGUGUACGCCAUGGAGCGCUCAGAGACCGAGGAGCACUUUGAUGCCGACAUCGGAGGGACCAGCCAGCUGCUGUGGCAGCACCUUUCCUCUCAGCUCAUCUUCUUUGUGCUCUUUCAGUUUGCCAGCUUCCCUCACAUGGUGCUAUCCCUACACCAGAAGCUUGCAGGUAGAGGUCUUAUUAAAGGGAGGGACCACCUGAUGUGGGUCUUACUCCAGUUUAUAUCAGGAAGUAUCCAAAAGAAUGCCUUGGCCGAUUUCCUGCCUGUCAUGAAGCUUUUUGACCUGCUGUAUCCAGAAAAAGAGUGCAUUCCAGUCCCAGAUAUAAACAAGCCCCAGUCAACUCAUUCCUUCGCUAUGACCUGCAUCUGGAUCCAUCUGAACCGCAAGGCCCAGAACGACAACUCUAAACUCCAGAUACCCAUUCCACAUUCUCUGAAACUCCACCAUGAGUUUCUCCAGCAGUCAUUGCGUAAUAAGACCUUGGGAAUGUCAGACUACAAGAUAGCGCUGCUGUGUAACGCCUAUAGCACCAACUCAGAGUGUUUCACACUGCCAAUGGGUGUCCUGGUAGAGACCAUUUACGGAAACGGGACUAUGAGGAUCAACCUGCCUGGGACCAACUGCAUUGCAUCUGGAUCUGUCACACCAUUGCCCAUGAACCUGCUGGAUUCACUCACCGUACAUGCCAAGAUGAGUCUGAUCCACAGCAUAGCAACACGUGUGAUAAAGUUAGCCCAUGCCAAGUCUAGCAUCGCCCUGGCCCCUGCCCUGGUAGAGACAUACAGCAGGCUGUUGGUCUAUAUGGAGAUAGAGUCACUGGGCAUCAAGGGAUUCAUCAGCCAGUUACUGCCCAAUGUGUUCAAGUCCCAUGCAUGGGGAAUCUUGCACACUUUACUAGAGAUGUUCAGCUACAGGAUGCACCACAUUCAGCCCCACUACAGAGUCCAACUACUGAGCCACUUACACAGUCUGGCUGCUGUGCCCCAGACUAACCAGAAUCAGCUGCAUCUAUGUGUGGAGAGCACAGCGUUAAGGUUGAUCACAGCAUUGGGUAGUUCUGAGGUUCAGCCCCAGUUCACUAGGUUUCUCAAUGAUCCAAAGACGGUUCUGUCAGCAGAAUCUGAGGAACUGAACCGAGCCCUGAUUCUCACCCUGGCUAGAGCCACACAUGUCACUGAUUUUUUCACAGGGUCGGACUCCAUACAUGGAACUUGGUGUAAAGACAUUCUCCAGACAAUUAUGACCUUCACCCCUCAUAACUGGGCCUCACACACACUGUCCUGCUUUCCUGCCCCACUGCAGGCGUUCUUCAAACAGAACAAUGUUCCUCAGGAGUCCCGAUUCAACCUGAAAAAGAAUGUAGAGGAAGAAUACCGGAAGUGGAAAUCCAUGUCCAAUGAGAAUGACAUAAUCACCCACUUCUCCAUGCAGGGCUCGCCCCCCCUCUUCCUCUGUCUGUUGUGGAAGAUGUUACUGGAGACAGACCACAUCAAUCAAAUUGGCUUCAGGGUCUUAGAGCGCAUUGGGGCUCGUGCGCUGGUGGCCCAUGUGCGCACAUUUGCAGACUUCCUGGUCUAUGAGUUCUCAACAUCAGCCGGAGGACAGCAGCUCAACAAGUGUAUUGAGAUACUUAACGACAUGGUCUGGAAAUACAACAUCGUCACCCUGGACAGACUUAUCCUAUGUUUGGCGAUGCGUAGUCACGAGGGAAACGAGGCCCAGGUGUGUUACUUUAUCAUCCAGCUGCUGCUUCUGAAGCCCAACGACUUCAGGAACCGAGUCAAUGACUUUGUCAAGGAGAAUGCACCAGAACAUUGGCUGCAAAGUGACUGGCACAACAAGCACAUGAGUUACCACAAGAAAUAUCCAGAGAAGUUGUACUUUGAAGGUCUGGCAGACCAGGUCAGUCCCCCCAUGCAGCUCCAGUCUCAGUACCUGCCUAUCUACUUUGGCAACGUGUGCCUGCGCUUCCUGCCGGUCUUCGACAUCGUCAUCCAUCGCUUCCUGGAGCUACUUCCUGUCUCCAAGUCUCUAGAAACAUUGCUCGAUCACCUGGGCGGGCUGUAUAAGUUCCAUGAUCGCCCAGUGACCUACCUCUACAACACCCUCCACUACUAUGAACGACACCUGAGGGAGAGAACCAACCUGAAGAGAAAGCUGGUGCAUGCUAUCAUGUCGUCACUGAAGGACAACCGUACUCCAGGAUGGUGCCUCAGUGAAACCUAUCUGAAAUGUGGCAUGAAUGCCAGAGAAGACAACGUGUGGAUCCCUGAUGACACCUAUUAUUGCAAGCUGAUUGGACGCCUCGUUGACACCAUGGCGGGAAAGUCACCUGGUCCCUUCCCCAACUGUGACUGGAGGUUCAAUGAGUUCCCCAACCCUGCAGCCCACGCCCUGCAUGUCACCUGUGUGGAACUGAUGGCUUUGGCUGUGCCUGGGAAAGAUGUCGGCAAUGCACUGCUCAAUGUGGUGUUGAAGAGCCAGCCUCUAGUUCCCAGAGAGAACAUCACAGCCUGGAUGAACGCUAUCGGACUGGUGAUCACUGCACUGCCUGAGCCCUAUUGGAUCGUUCUUCAUGAUCGCAUUGUGUCUGUGAUUGGCUCUCCGGUGCUGACAUCAGAGACAGAGUGGGCAGGCAAUCCCUUUGCCUUGUUAGACUUCACAGCCUGCCACCAGAGCUACAGCGAAAUGAACUGCAGUUACGUGCUAGCAUUAGCACACGCUGUCUGGCACCACUCAUCCAUUGGACAGCUUUCUCUGAUUCCAAAGUUCCUUUCAGAGACAUUGAAACCCAUUGUCCAGACGGAAUUUCAGCUGCUUUAUGUCUAUCACCUGGUGGGUCCAUUCCUACAACGCUUCCAACAGGAGAGGACACGCUGCAUGCUAGAGAUUGGCGUGGCCUUCUACGAGAUGCUUCAAGCAGUGGACCAACACAGCCAACAUCUCUACUACAUGGACCCGAUCUGUGACUUCCUCUAUCAUAUAAAAUACAUGUACACAGGAGACAGUGUUAAGGAGCAGGUGGAGAAGAUUAUCGUUACGUUGCGACCAGCCAUGAAACUCCGUCUACGCUUCAUCACACACAGCAGCAAGAUAGAGACUUUGUCAGUCGCUACGUCCUCUUCCUCCUCUCAGCCACCCUCUUCCUCCCUCUCCUCCUCCUCUGCCUCCUCUCCAUCUUCCACGCAGCACACACACACGCCCAUGUCGGUGGCUUAGAGACAAAGAAAACACUUAUGUGCCAACAUGAAAAUCCAGAUGGACAGAUGUGCUGUAAUUUAAACACACAUAUGCACACUUAGCAUGAAUUUGAUAAUGCAGACACAAACACAACCUAGUCACACACAUGAACACAUUCACAUGCUUAUGUUUUGAAAACCAUUCAAAACUUUUUUUUUCUCCAAAGGAAACAUUAACAGGUUUAUGUGUCCUGGUGAUUUCAACCUCGAAUUGACAUCUGUGUUUUGCUUCAAGUUUGAACUGAAAUUAUUGCUGACUCCUUUUGAUAAGAAGCUCUUGGAGAAAGUGCUGUCAAGUCAAAGCCAAAUCACAACACACAAUAACACAACUCAUUUCUCUUUUUCCUGGACAGUUUCUAUUGAUCAUUUCAUUUAUUAUUGACAGUUUUUAUUGUUUAGAUUGUUUGAGUUUUAAAUCUGUUUCUUCUUUCCUGUCAUACAAACUACUGUGCAUUAAUAUGACUAUUUAAAUGUUCAACUGGUGAGAGAAAAAAAUGGAGAAAAAAAAACAGCAAAACUGGUUUUUCAGAGGCUUUCAUCAUGGAACAGCUACAAAUAUUUAUUUUGUAGAUAUUGUAGAUGUCUAACUUUGGUAUAGCAUUGACAGUUUUAAGUCCUUGAACGUGUUUUUAACGUAAAAAGAACAGCUAUUGAAUUUGAAGUGGCAAAACUAGUGUCUGACAUAUCAAACUAGCGUCCUACAUAUUUGUAAUCAGUACAGUAAUGCCAGUGCCUUCAGGUUCAUCACAUAAUUACUGACUGUAUUUUUAAUGUUUUCUUUUUCAUAUUGUACACUGUUAUUUACCUAAUAAAU